CACUGUUUAAAGUUGCAAUUCAGCAUAAGCAUAUUAACGUUUCGGGCUUUUGUCAUCGUCGUUCGUCGAACAUUUCUCGUGAAUUCAUCAUUAAAAAUGGACCAAAACUUUGCUAAGAAAAGAAAACGAGACCCAAGGCCAACACCAUACCGACCGCUAGAGGAUUCUUGGUGAAUUUCCAAAUGUACUAUCGAAAAAGUCCGUUUUGAGUGGAAUAUUCAACAUUUUGUCUUUCAAAAUACGGAUUGUGAUUUUGAAUCGAUUCAAUUUUCACUCAAAGAUUCCCCUGAUUAUUUGUGGAAUCUGAAAUUAGUCGCUGGACCAACUGAACGACCAUCAGAUUUUUCAGUCGCUUUCUCAUCACGCACUUACCCCAACAAAAUGUAUCGAUUUACGACAGCCAUUUUCAAUCAAAGAAGUGAAAAGAUAUCAGCACAGGAAGUCAUCUUGCAGAAAAAUUCCCAGCCAUCUCUCAUCAUUUUUACGGUUGACAAACAAUUAGCCGUGGAUUCUUUGCUGCCAGACGGCAGUCUUACCAUUCAUUGUGAAGUUGAAUAUGCAGUUGGGAAAGAAAACGUGUCAGAUACAAACGAAGAUUGUCGAGGCCACCAGAUCGAAUGCAGCGAUCAAUUCUCAGCUAAUAUCGGAAAUUUAUUUAACAACGAAACGUUUAGUGACGUCACAUUCAAAGUCUUCGGCCAGGAAUUUAAAGCGCACAAGAACAUUUUGGCCGCAAGAAGCGAAGUGUUUGCGGCCAUGUUUGAAUAUCCGACGAAAAAACAGUCGUCAAAUAAGGUGGAAAUUGUGGAAAUUUUCUAUGAACCUGACGUGUUCGAGGAAGUUCUACGCUUCAUCUACACCGGUUUGGUGCCCUUGGACAAGAUGGAAAGCAUGGCCGAUUUACUCCUCGAAGCUGCCAACGAGUACUCACUGGAAAAACUGAAAAUCUCGUGCGAAAAUCACGAGAUUCAUAACAUGUCUGCUGACGCUUGUUUUCGUCAUCUUACGGGCACCGACCACAUCAAUCCAGAGGAAAGAUUGAAGAAAAGUGCCAUCCUUUACUUUCGUCGUUUCCCAGGUAAAGUCAUGGCGACCGACGAAUGGAAAGAGUAUAAAGAGUGGGCCGAUGAUCCGGUUUGGACCCUUAUCCGAGAUAUCAUGGAGACGAUACAUCUUCCACAAGUUUAAUACACUCAAAUCUGUUUUUCCUAUUGAUCAUUUCAUCUAAUGCAAUGACCUAGAUCUAUAAAUUGAUUGAAAUAAUUUUCCCUUUAUCUUCAACUGUUUGGAAAAUUGUUGGAAAAUACAAAGACA